UUCACCAUAGUCAACACAGAUAUCUUCGUCCAACUCUCAGUGCUUUAUUCACCUAAAAACAACGACUCUGUGGUGAAGUGAGUUUAUUUCUCACUAUGUAGUUACGGGCAUAAAGCGUUAGGCAGUUAAAUUUGCGUUGUCACGUUUUAACCUACAUUUAAAUUACUUUAUGUUGCCGGUUAGCUGUGUUAUUGGAAGCUAGCAAGUUGACGCUACCUCAGCUAACGCUAUUAACGUCAUUUCCCUUCGUGUUUUAACGGUUAAACUUGAGAGGCACUGCUCAAGGGUUAAACUCUAGCUAAUACAACUGUCAACAACCUAAAACUAUCGUGUCCACGCAGUGUUUUUUCCGUCUGAGCAGCGUGUGGACGACACCAGUGGCCGGUUGAUUUAUCGAGGUGGACGUUACGCCAAAUUUAAAGUAGCAGGCAGCAGCAGCCAGGGGGGAUUGCCCUCAGUAGAGCAUUAAGCUAGCAGGCUAACACGCGGCCAAGCGACGGGUUGUGAAUCUGUUUAUUCAGCCUUCAUCUGAUCGCAAAAACUCGUGGGAUUGAGCUCCCCGCGGGUCUGCGUGAGCUCUGCCCACAGUCCCAUGCCCUCUGCGCGGAUGGGAGAUAGUUAGCCGGUGGAGCCGAAGAGGUAACCAGCCAGCAGUUGUGUUAAACAUGGAGGAUGAAGAGGUUGCAGAGAGCUGGGAAGAGGCAGCGGACAGCGGGGAAAUAGAGAGACGACUUGAAGCUAAACUGAAAAUAAAUCAGGAGGCAAAGAAGUCCAGCAUGGGUUUGGGUGGCUCACCUGUCCGAACUGCUAUUGUGAUCCAGGAUGACUCUCUGCCUGCAGCACCACCACCACAAAUUCGUAUUCUGAAACGUCCUACAAAUAAUGGUACUGCAGGAAACCUUGCAUCCUCAACUCGUCCCUCUCAGCAGAUGAAGUCUUUGGCCCAGCGGGAGGCAGAGUACGCAGAAGCCCGUAAAAGGAUUUUGGGUAGUGCAUCUUCAGAUGAUACGCCUCAGGACAAUCCAUGCCAGGACAGGCCAGCUCGUAUGAGCGGGCAGCAACCAUCAGACCCAGUUCGUCCAAACAAUCACGUGAUCCGCCAGCCCACUGGCCCAGAUGGCACCCCAGGCUUCCGACUCUGCAGAUAAACAGGAGAUACUUGUUGCAAGGAAUCAUCUGUCUCCCUGAGAGGGCAUAAAGGGUGGCAGUUAAAGGGGUCGUGUGUGGUAUGAAGAGCAGAGUGGUGGGGUGACACAAAAUUUGACAGACAUUAGAAAUAUGAAGACGUAGCAUGGAUUGGAAUGAACUUCUCCACCGUCUCUCUACUCUGCUUACUGGCAUGGUCUUUGCCUUUCACCUUGUCUUUUCCUUCUGUGGAAUGCAGCAAGGGGCUGGCAGAGAUCAGCCAAAGAUCUGAAACCCCUUCUGUUCCACACUGUGAACAGGCGUUUGCCUCACAUCCCUACACACUGUGAUACUUUGAAGUACCAUGAGGUGCCCUAUGAUUUUAAGUAUGAUUGGCCGGCCGAGCGCCAGGGCAUCAGGUGUCUGUCUCUUCAGGGAGAAAAAGGAGAGCUCGUGGGUCUGUGGGGAUUCCCCGGAGAGGCGCAAGUGAACGAGCUGGCCUUUCCACUGAUGGAGCGUGGAUCAUGGCUGGGUGUCCACCGGGAAGCUGCCUCAGUUUGUCGGGUUCAGUGGAAAUUAAGUGCUUUACAGUGCCGAGAGUUUACUGUGUGUUCAGCAGCUUGAGUGCGAGGUGAGAGAAAGUCAAACCGAUCUAACACUUUGAGUUAAAGCGCACUGUGCUCAGAAGUGUGUCAUUAUACUGUAGUUGCAUAGCAAUGGCAGAGGCCCAGACCAGCACUUUCCACAGUCCACAGGCCUCUGUUUGGCACUGGUGGCUAUGAAAGAAAUGCCCGGUGGGCACACAGCCUGUGGCCAAAGAUUAUAGAUCGGAAGGACAGAAUGUCACUAAAUCUAAGCUUAUUCAAGCAAUAAAGAUGAAUUUACUCCCUGGAUUAUUUUUUACAUAUUGCCUAAUUACAUGUGCUGUGUGUUGUUUCAUCUUUGGUUUUAAAGAGUUGACAUUGUUUCUUGACAUAGUAUGUUUAAGUGAGGAGAUCAGUAGUGUAUCAGAGAUUAGAUGAUGUAGCCUGCAUAGGAAACCUUCUAGGUAGUGUCAUGUUAAGUUUUAUCAAAGUCAGACCUAUUCAUGAAUUGAAAAUCUAAGUUAUUGUGCAUAAAUGUCCCAGUGUGUGUUGCCUUGCUGUUUCUAAUCAGAAUGGCUACGUUGGAACUUCGCUUAUAGCCAACUGUACUGCAUCUGUCUAGAAAAGAGGAUUUGUUUUUGCACCAGUUGAAGCAUAUUGACUGAUUGCAUUAUUACGAUUAUGGUUUGCAAAUUUUUCAGAAGUAAGUAUGUGAUGCCCGGCGUGGAGGAUGAUAAAAAUGAUCACAAAAAUAUUAGAUGUCUCAUCUUUUAAUCAGUGUCCUUUAAAACAAAGCCAAAACCCACUGCCUGGUUUAGAUGAAUGUCAUCAAGUGGAUUUUACUCCAUUGUUUGCUUGUUUGCAGCCGAUUGAAAAGUUUGCAAACCAUGGUAUCGAUAAUCUCAUCCAGUGAGUUACUGGUACUGAUAGUUACUGCAACAGCUUUCUUACCCGUUGACACUUGUAUGCCUUAAAGACAAACGGUCCCUGCUUACAUACGUACACUUUACAGUGGGUAGUGCUUGGUUAUCUUGAGCUUCUUGUGCACUUGUGAUAGGUUAAUUAUUUUACUGAAUAAACCCUAUGUCAUUGAGGCACAGUUUAUAGCUACAAGAGUGUUAGGCAAAUGCAAAAUCACACUCAGUGAGGGUGCAAUAAUGCUUUUCUUACAGGGGCGUUCCAUGGCUGUGCUUUGACAAUUUCCAGUGUCAGUAAAACCAUUGACUGGAAAUAUUCACAAGAAAUACUGAAUUUAAAAACUAUGAUUAACAGUAAAUUAAACAACUUGCUUCUACCCAGCAGUAAACUUACCAAUAUGACUAAAACAGCUGUAUUUGAACCAAUUAUUCCAAUCUCAUGUAUCAUUCAAAGAUAAUAAAACUAUUCAGGGUGAGAGGAGGACAUCUUUCACUAAUGUCAGGGAAUUGAAGUUUCCUUUUGUUGUUCGAUGACAGCAGUAUAAGUUGUUCAUCGCAGCUCUAACAUCUGAAUAGAGAUAGUAUUCACUCUACUCUCAAUACACUGUUCUAAGGGAUCAGGUCCAAUUAUUGAAUUUAAAUAGAUUUGUCAUCAUUUUAAAUUUAUAAUUAAAAGCAAAAGCCCAUCCUGUAUCUACGUGAUCUACACAUGAAGCUUUGUUUGAGUCACUCACAGCCACCUGUGUACUCUGAGGCUGAUUUGAUGUCAUUGUUGUUUUGAAACUUGAAAAACACAAAUGAAAUUUGAAUACCCUUUAAUAAACACACCUCAAACUUGG